AUGUCCGGUAAACGACGCCGACAUUCCACUUCUUCUUCCAACGAACAUGGCCGGAUUGAGCCUCAAACAAAAGCCCGUGGAUUAGAAUCUAUUGAUCCAGAUGGAAAACUUCCCCGAACUUCGGAUAGCAAUCCACCUAGAUAUCUUGUUUGUUCUUUGCCUCCUACUUGUGCGCCUCCUCGACAUCCAACCUCAUUAGGAUCUCUAAGGGAACUAGAAGAGCAUUAUAAGAAGUACCAUACUCAUAUCUGUAAAGAGGGAAAUUGUCGUAACGAACCUGGGGGAGCCAAGAUAUUUCCGGAUGCCCGGAUGCUCGAGUUGCACCAGACAGAGUACCACGAUGAGUUAGCAAGAAUAAAGAACGAACGAGGCGAAAGUACCUUUGCUUGCUUUCUUGAGUCGUGUCCUAAAAAAUUCCGUACUCCAAAGGGGAGAAGGCUGCAUUUGAUCGAUGCCCAUGGAUAUCCCAAGCUCUUUUUCUUUGCGGUGACCAAACAUGGCGUCGGUGGCUUAUUGGCACGCUAUGGGGAGGGUGCUACUCUAAUUCGCAAGCCAUGGAAGCCUAGGGCAGAGAAUCAAGGUGCUGGAAAGGAAGAGAGCGAUAGUGACGGUGAUGACGACACAAAGAGCAGUUCGGCGCUACAUAACACUGUUGAUCAGCCGGCCACCCCCCUAGCGGCGGAAGCUGGGCCAUCACGAACACCUUCUGUCCCACUAUCGCAACCUCGCGAGGAUUUGGAUGACCUAGCUUCAUCUAUGAAGAGCCUGAGCCUUGUUCCCACCAGCAUCCGGUUUGGUCGUGGCGUGCGGAGGGCUGGGUUUGUGCGAGGCACCACAAGAGGAACAAGCCGCGUUGCUUGGGGACGCAGCUCGAAGAAAGAAGAGUCAUGA